UGUGCUGAGGUACUGUGUGCGGUGUGCUCCAUCGGCUCUUCAACGUACCACAUUUUGGGUUGAAAUUUGCUCAGUGGGACGUCAUUGUUCCAAAGUUCAACGCGAAGAAGUUGUGGUCAAAGCAAUUGCAGCUGUAGAACACUCCAAACGUCAGAAUAUCGAUAACUCAAAAGAUUGAUUUGGUGAAGACGAACAUUGAGUGAUCAAAGUUAAUUGUGGAAAUAGAGUAUGUGCGCGAAACAGUGAAAUAGAAUUUUAAACGGUCUAAAUGCAUUGGUGAUAGUACCUUCUGAUCCGUUGAGAAUAGUUGUUGGCACCUGCCACAGCGGUCUCGGGGCGCCACACUCACAUGUUGCAUGCGUGCCGGUUAUCCAUCAUGGUCGCGGACACAGCGAGACUCUGAUUGGUGCGCCGCGAUCACGUGGUAUGGUAAUUGGUCUCCAGUGGGCGGGAACCGGCUGGUGUGUUCAUGUGGUGGUUUGUAGCUACAUGUAGGAGAAGUAUCGUUGCUCUCGUCGCCACGAAGGAUCCAGCGAAACUCUCAUCGGUGGAAUAUUGGUGACGGUAGUGGAUUUUGUGAUUGCUUGUACAAUUGUAUUUACAAUGAGAUCCUUAAUUGCAUCGAGUGAAUGAUGAACUAUGAAGUGCUAUUGCCGUGACUCAAAUUCUUUACGAGAAUUGUGAACAGUCCCAGUGAUUUCCGAGUAAUCCAUCAAGAUGAGUUCAUUCCUGAUGAAUCCAACCGCCGGUGGUUAUCACCAGCAGCAUCAACAGUCGAGUCACCAUUUGCCAGCAUCUCCAGUUGUGGUGGAUCCGAAGUUUCCACCAACGGAGGAAUACAGUCAGAGUAACUACAUCUCGUCGACCAGUGAUUUCUUCAGCAGCGGUCACCACCUGUCCCAUCCGCAGUCGCAUCAGCUGCAGUAUGGAUAUCACCAGCAUCAUCAUCAAGCAGCAUCAACACCCUACGGCGCAGCUUCAGCUGUUCCCCUGAAUGGUGGAUACGCGAGCUACGGCAGCUACUACACUCCUCAUCCUCACCACCAGAUCCACCCGGUCCACCAUCCCAGCCUCCAUCCUCAUCAUCAUGCAGUGGGUGCCCUGGCAAUGCCUCCAGAGGCCCAGCAACCCCCCCUGACGUGCCCCCCAUCCCUCCAUAAUCAGCAAUCCCAGCAGCAGCCUCCAGCGACUGUCUUAGGAUCAACCGCAUUAUCCCCAAAUCUCUUAACUAGUCAUGUACCCGACGCUCUGCAGCAUCCCCAGCACUCUCAACCCCCUCAGCAACCCCAGGGCCAGUCCACACCGCAUCUCGAGAGCAACGUCUGCAGUCCGACGGGGGCAAACUCUCUGCACCGAGAUAACUCACCUGAUCUCAAUCAAUCUAAUCAGCACUCUGGCCACAUGCAGAGUCAGCAGACGUCCGGGCAGCAUCACGACGACGGCUCUGAUCAGGACGACAUGGACGAUGACGCCAUGGACGGAUCACCCAACAUGAUGGACGACGAGGAAGAGGAGAAUGAAAAUGGCGAGCGCGUUGUUUACCCCUGGAUGAAGAAAAAUCACAUCGCUGGUGUCGCGAAUCCGUCGUAUCAACCUGGUGUAGAGUCCAAACGACAGCGAACAGCGUACACGAGACAACAAAUACUCGAGCUUGAGAAGGAGUUUUAUACAAAUCGAUACUUGACGAGACGACGGCGAAUCGAGAUUGCACACAUGCUGACCCUGUCCGAGCGUCAGAUCAAGAUUUGGUUUCAGAACAGACGGAUGAAGUGGAAGAAGGACAACAAGAUGCCAAACACGAAGAACGUCAGGCGGAAAAAUACCAACGGACAGCCCCAGGCGAAGCCGAGCAAGGGCUCAUCACGCACCAAGACUGGUAACAACAACAAUCAGAAGAAGAACAACAAUAAUUCACCGUGUGAAUUUAAACUUGAGAAUGCUAGUCUCGAUGGUAGCCUAGACAUGAGUGAUUUUCAUGGUGUUAGCACAGCACUUCCGCAUCCACACACCUCUCAUCCCAACUUUCAAGGCCAUCCGCACUCAUUGACGCAUCUUCAGGCACAGCUGAGUCAUCUCCAGGUUAAUGGCAUGAUGGACAGCACCAGUGGAUCACUGGGACACAUGAACUCGGGGAGCAUCAGUCCUCUGGCUCCUGCUACAACACCACCUGGUAUAUCAGCUGCUGUUCCAACAGCAGCUAUCAAAUCAGACUAUGAUCUUACUGCUCUGUAACGUCAGCAGUCUCCAUUGCCUGGAACGCUUAGCGACCUGACCAAUUUCGUUGAUGUCAACGAUGUGGCACCGUCUUAUCAGUGGCUCUGAGAGACCACCAAUGGGACAAACCUUAUUCCAGUGAAUUUUCGUGAUUAGUGCAACCAAUCAAUGCUCAUUUUCAUUAUUAGGUAGUGAAUCCUAUUGAUGGGACUGAUGGAUUUUCAUACAUUUUCUAAAUGUGCCAUGCCAUCUUACUCCAGGCCAGUUUGACCCAAUGCAAGUACCCGUGAUUAGAGAUUCAAAAUUCUGUAGUUUAUCAUUAUUUCCAGGGAAAAGUGGGGACUCCUUUGGCGCUGAUGCUCGACAUUCAUUUUCUGAUCAUUUCCUCGCCAUUAGUUUUUCGGACGCCAUCACGUGUAAGAAAUGGAGGGAAGACGCGGUUUUGAUCGUGUGCUAAUGUGAGAGAAGGUGAACAACAAAUUUACUCCAGUUUCUGCGCAAAUAGGCAUGCAAUUGUGCUAAAUUAUUGAGCAAUAAUACAAUAACCUGAAAACAUUGCGGUGAAUUUUGAAUUGUUGCGUCAAAGUAGUCAAAAUGGCGGCUCUCCCGAAAAUGUAAAUACGUACUCUGUGGUAAGUUGUAAAUAUACAAUUGAAAAAUUCGUUUACGUCCGUGAGGAGUUAGUUGAUAAUAAUAAUCGUGUGAUUAACGAAAUUUCCUUCAUUGAUAAGACUUUGUGAAAGUUAAUAAUCCAGAGAGCGGUAAUAAAUUCCACCGAAUGAUCCCCUGAAAUCGUUGAGUGUUAACCGCCUGAUUACCAAUUAUUCAUGUAAAUAUUGACAGUUGUACAUACAAUAGUCUAAGAUAGUCAUCUAUUUUUAUCAAAUUGGAGAACAGUAACGACCAAUAGCUUAUCAGAACCGAUACAAUACGUGGAGCGAUUAUAAAUCAAACGAUCCUUGAAUGCAUUCGCUGUGACAACAUACCAAAACAAUACCAUAGGUGUAAUACAAACUAGAGUCUAAGCCGAAACAUUAAUAAUAGAGUAUAAACGUUGAAUUUCUGAUAUGAUUCUGUAUAAUUAGCGUCGAUUAGUCUUGAUGGCGUAGCACGAGUCGCUGAUUCUAGGGGUUUUCGUGGUCGUUAUGCGUCCGGAACAUAAAUACAUUCACCAUAAUCCUGUACAUAGAGAGUUGUAAUAUAAGUAUAUAAUGAUGGAAUCGCGAGGACACGCGAUAGUGCUUAUGUUCAUAUGA